CGGUGGUGCCUGAAUGGCGUGGCGCUGUGAUCCGGCUCCGCGAGCCAUGCGCGUUGCUCGACCCGAGCAACGCGCGCUGCCCCCUCUGUACUGAUUCGCUGGCCCGCGAUUGCAUAAUGCGUUCCCUCCCCGCCCCCCUCCGUGCCUCGCUAGCCCACCCACUCAUGGCAUGAUCUCUGCCGCUGAGAGGGGGAAAAAAGGAGAGAGGAGGGAGCGCGAGAGAGUGAGUGCGCAACAGCUAGCGAGGUGCACGGGUGGAUGUGUGAGGAAUAGUAGAGAGAGAUUUGUGCUUUGCAUGUGAAUUACAGUGCAGCAGCAACAGCAUCAGCAGCACUAGGGUUUUAUUCAAAAACCAUCGGCUUUAGCCUCUACCUGCUGGAAUUGUUCUCGGCACACCCACCUAUUCUGCACCGCUGCCAUCUGCGACGUCCUUAUCACGUACGAGUCGAGUCCUGGGUCCAGAAGACUACAGCUGGGACAGCAGCAGCAGCAGCUCAGCCCCUGCAGACGCAAGGAGCAAGGAACGGAGCAGAGACAGGAGCAACCGUGAAUCAGCGACCGCGUCCACGCCUCGCAGCAGAGCUUUCUGUUAAAUGGCCGAGAAACCACUGAGCCUUCCGGCCAAGCUGAUCAAUGGCGGCAUCGCCGGGCUCAUUGGGGUCACGUGCGUCUUCCCUAUCGACCUGGCCAAAACGCGUCUGCAAAACCAGCAGGAGGGACAGCGCAUGUACCGAAACAUGUUUGAUUGUCUCAUCAAGACCGUGCGAUCGGAUGGAUACUUUGGGAUGUACCGAGGUGCGGCCGUGAACCUCACCCUGGUGACGCCGGAGAAGGCCAUCAAGCUCGCCGCCAAUGACUUCUUCAGGAACAUGCUCAGCAAAGACGGGAAGAAGUUGACGCUGUUCCGGGAGAUGCUGGCAGGCUGCGGAGCCGGCACGUGUCAAGUGAUCAUCACCACACCCAUGGAGAUGCUCAAGAUUCAGCUGCAGGAUGCCGGCCGCCUGGCGGCGCAGAAAAGCCUGUUUGGAUCGGCGCCCGCGGGGAGCGCCGGAAAGAGGGAGGCGGCAAGUGGAGCGAAGCCGCCCAUGCCGGGGCCCGUGCCAGGGCCUGUGCCACCAAGCCGGGGCUUCUCGAGCGGGACCCCACUGGGGGCAUCGCGCUCUGCCUUGCAGAUCACACGCGACCUCCUGCGCGCACAGGGCAUCGCCGGCCUCUACAAGGGCCUGGGGGCCACCCUGCUGAGGGACGUCCCUUUCUCAAUCAUCUACUUCCCACUCUUCGCCAACCUGAACUCGCUCGGGGUGACCACGCCGGGCGAGCGCGCGCCCUUCUACCAUUCCUUCGCCUCGGGCUGCAUCGCGGGGAGCAUGGCGGCCGUCGCGGUGAACCCCUGUGACGUGAUCAAGACGCGGCUGCAGUCGCUUCAGAGGGGCGUGAAUGAGGACACCUACACAGGGAUUGUCGACUGCACCAAGAAAAUCCUGGCGAAGGAGGGCGGCCGUGCCUUCUUUAAGGGCGGUGGCUGCCGCGCGCUCGUCAUCGCGCCCCUCUUCGGCAUCGUGCAGGUCAUCUACUUCUUUGGCGUCGGUGAGAUGAUCAUCGACUACUUCCACUAGCAGCGCCAGAGCGCAGCUAGAGUGGGCGGCCAUGAUGCGGAGAGCCAUUGUUGUGGGCCUGUCAGCCACAACGUACAUCAACAUACGCAGCCUGACAAGCCCUACACACACACGUAGAUAUACUUACACCUGGGUGCAUAUAUACACACACACAAACACACAAGGACAGAUACACUUAUACUUGCAAGCUCAUAGAGACACAUACACUCACACAAGUUUACACUUGGGUACACGUACAGCUAUGCCUAUUUUAGUUGUCUUCACCAGUUACACGCUAUCCCAGAUUAACGUAUACUGUGUCACCUUCACCAGCUAUAUACACACGCUCGACAAGUGGUCAUUUUUAGAGGGAACAUAUACCCCGUUACACAUAUAUCCGGCUCAACAUAACAGCUGUACGAGGUCCAGCCAUACAUCCAGAGGGCUCAUCCACUGAGCACACGCGUGCCCUACUCGACGUGCACCCAGGCGAGAGCGCUAGCUCGAAUGCGCAAGCAGUGUGACAAUCCACGCACAGACGUUCUUUAAUUUGGUGGUGGGGGGGGGGGGUGAUCUCGUGGGUAGAGCUGCUAGGAUCGAGCCAUGAGCUUUGGGGGUGUAGCAGGGAGGUGGCGCCGUGGGUGUGUGUGCGCGCGCCAGCUCGGCUCGCACGCACGCAGCACGCGGCCACCAGAGGUGCCUUCUGCAGUGGGGCGUUGGACAGUGAGUCGCGCACACACGCAUGCACGCAUGCAUGCACGCACGUCGGCGUGAGCAGGGGGUCUAUUGUGCGAAGGUGAACGGCGUUAAGAAAUCAUCUGUCCUGUCACUGAGACGGGACACUGAAUACUGCUGCUCCAUAGUUAAACCAAUGCUAUGUUUUAAUUAUUUCGACUUUAUAUUUAUUUUACACACCUUAUUUUAAGAGAAACAGAUAUUGAAUCAUACUCUUUGGUUAUUUCGGGAAAGUCACGUAGAUGGAAAUUUAAAAUUAAAAUAAAUAAAAUAAAAAUAAUAGAUCACGCCGUUUAUAUCGCAACAACAAGCGAGUAUGAAUUCCUGCAGUCACGAAAGCCUCAAAUCAAGAUUAGAUAUUGAAUCCCUUUAGUGUUGCGAUAUUUUGGUUUGCACUUAGCACAUGAUAGUUUAGUCGCAUAAUGAUUCUACUAAUGGCUUUGCCGACAAAUGAAAACAGGUGUGGGUUUACUGUGAGCAAUAUCUGGGGUCACACGGACACGUGUGCCGGUGGCCACCUGCUUGUGCCCAGCUGAGAUGCUGCUUCAUGCCCUGCGCCUGUGGGGUGUCGGCCCUCGUCUCCCUGUUCCUGAGACGAUAGUUUAAGCCUUGUGAUGAUUUGCGGUAUUUGUCCAUCUCCCCUAGGGGCCACACUGGUCCUGGCUAUACUCCCUUGCAGUGCGCAUGCAUGAUCCCUGUCAUGUGUCAGCCCUGCGUACACUACACUGUCGCUCACCUCUCACAUCUAAAAUACCCCCCCAUAGAAAAUUAAGACAUGAAAGAUAUUGCUGUAUGAACCCUCUGUAGUUUUUGUGGGUUUACAGAACACAUUGCUUCUUUCAAGAACGCAGCAUAACUUUUGAGGUUGGAGAACAUAGAUGCCUAUGUCUCCUAUGAGAUUCCAAGAUGCAUAAACACCAGUGACUAUGCGAUAGCCACUGGCUUGUGCUUGCAGAAUGCUAGUUAUGCUUUUCCCUGAUGCUAAGCAUUGCACAAUCUGAUGCAAGUAAGUUGUGGAUUGCGAUACCCUCUCCGUGCAUUUUGUUCCUGGCUAUUCUGCUGAGCAUGGCAGGGGAAGGGAUGAGAGUGGGGAUGGGAUUCUAUUGCUUGUGGGUACGCACAUGAACCUUAGUGGCUACAUCUGUGAACAACGGACAUUUGAUUAGUGUUAUUGUGACUGUGAAAUAUUAUAUUUUGUUGAAUCAACACUAAUUAUAACAGCUUUAAAUUAAUUUAAGUGUACUUUAGGUAGACAUUGAUUGUGUUUUUUUAUUAAUUGUACAUGAUCUAGGCAAGGUAUGAAUCUCUAGCUAUGAGUAGCAAUUUUAAAUAUUAACUUAUUGGCGUGGGUUUUUCCAUAUUUUUUGCACUAAAUACAUACACCGGCUGCUGCUUCCACAUCACUACUCACCCUUGUUUCUUUACUUUUUUUUAUCACACUCGCUAUUGUUUCCCUACACACUGAUCCGACUCACAAUUUACGUCGUUGUUUUGAAAUUUGGCCACUGCGCGUUUCGGCGGCAUCCCUUCACAAACCCCAGAGUGGCCACUCGCAGAUCGCCCUUCGCUAGUGAGCGUCGCACACACGCUUGCACGCCCGCCCACGCAUUAUUGUUGCUCACGUCGGCACUUAUUUAGGGCAAACGUGACAGCGGGUUUGGCAGCUGCACGUCUCUGCUAAAAAAAAAAACCUCUGAUGACCUAUUAGAUUGGAUCAAUAUUUCCUACUGACUUGGUCGUUCACUUGCUCUGGAGUUUGGUACUUAGAACAUUUAAGUAGACGUUGACUAUGUGAAGCAUCUAAACAAUGGCUCUCUAGGCCAUGCACCUAAGGGACUGGCGCUAGUGCCUCUGCACUUUGAUUAUGUCAGUGUAUUUUGUUGCACACUGAGCGUGGUGUAAGUGAGGUAGCACAUCGAUUGUGCGCUGCUCUAUGCUGCACGAAAACCUCGUUUCCCCGAGUUUUCUCUGCACAGUAACGUGCGCCAGAGUGAACCACCCCGCACCCUUAGCUGGAGCUAAGGAAAUAUCUGAUCCAUGAUAAUCGUAGAUGUUGUUUCCAUGCAUUCCCAGCCAUACAAACUAUAAAUCACAGAAAAAAUUGUGUCUUAAGAGUCAGUGUCUAUGCACAGUUAACUCUGAGGGUGUGGAUCGGUGAGCCUCCGUACCUCUAACCCACAAAUUUCGACAUGUGGACAGUGCUGUUUGAGUGGUGCAUGCCUGUAAUGCUGUAGGUCGAUAGGAUGUCUGUUGGAAACGGACUUGCUGUACUGUCCUUCCACACACUCUAAUUUAUUCAAUGUACUGAUCUAAGAUCCUAAGCAGGGCCCCUUUUUUAAUAGGAUUCUUCAUAUUCAGUCGGGUAUUUUGGGGUAAAUAAAUAAUGAGUGGUAAUGCACAAUUAAACACUGACAAAAACCAGACUCUAUAGGAGUUGUGUGGGUCCUUCUUUCAGCAGCCUACAUGCAAUUCAUGUUUAUGUUAAGCUCCCUUUUGGUAGGUGCCACGUUUUAUGUGAAUAGCUGAAGCUUGUAAAUGCACCGACUGGUGAGUUGGUUUAUAGUCAGUGCCAGCAAAGUGAAUAUUCGUGCAGAUAACGUCCACAUUGGACUUUGUUUAAAUGAAAUAAUACAUUUAUCAAUUUGACUUAAAUGUAGUCGAGAUCAUUUAAAGCAUAAACCCUAUUAAAUUUCGAAUUUAACAGAUGGGUAAGAUUAUUGUAAGCGACCUUUUUUGGAUGUCCUAAUAAAAAAGAGACCUGAUGGUUCAAUAAGCCACUCUGUCUACAGGAAAGCUACCCAUACGGAUGCUUACCUGAAAUCGGAUUCCCACCACCAUCCAUCCCAGAACA